AUGCUUUCCUCCACUAUUCGUUCUGCUUUAAGAUCAAGAGCAAUUGUUCAAGCUCCAAGAGUUGCCAUUGCUUUCAAACCAAUGUCUAUCAUUCCACAACAAGUUAGAUUGUAUUCUUCUCAUCAUGAAGAAACUUUUGAAGAAUUCACUGAAAGAUACAUAAAGGAAUUUGAAGGUGCUUAUGAUUUAUUUGAAGUUCAAAGAAUCUUAAACAAUUGUUUCUCUUAUGAUUUAGUUCCAGCCCCAGCUGUUAUUGAAAAGGCUUUAGAAGCUUGUAGAAGAGUCAAUGAUUAUCCAACUGCUGUUAGAACUUUUGAAGCUUUAAAACAUAAGGUUGAAAAUAAGGAACAAUAUGAUGCUUAUUUGGAAGAAUUGAAAGAUGUUAGACAAUCUUUAGGUAUUGACUUGAAAGAAGAUUUAUAUGCUGGUCAACAAUAA